UCCCCCCGUUAGGAUCAUGGAUGUAGGUUAGGAGUGUCUCCAUCUCCGUUAUAAGAGACGUUGUGAUGUUAAAGUGAUGUUUGAUCUUUAGGAGACAUCGACAGAGAUGGAGCUUCUUCCUCUUCUGUGUCUCUGCCUCCUGACUCGCUCUGGAAUCACGUCUGCUCAACUAAACGGGCCACCGUUGAUUAAAGUGGAACAAGACAGAGAUGUGGUGUUACCCUGCUCUCUCAGCACCAAGGAGAACAUUGCAUCAGGUGUCUUUGACUGGAAGAAAGUUGCUCAGAAAGAUGCUGCUGAGAAGGAGGUGUUCCUGUAUGACAAAGGCAAACAUUACAACGACGGCCGAGAUGGUCAGAGUGAGCAGUUCAAAGGUCGAGUCUCUCAUUUUCAAGAUGAACUGAAACACGGCAACGCCUCCAUAAUCAUCAGAAAUACAAAGAUAUCUGACAGUGGAAACUACACCUGUUAUUUUCCCCAUCUUCGGCCACCUCAAACAUUCUACAUUGAGCUAGUUGUUGGUGCAGCUCCAAAACCAUCCGUGGCAACACUUGAUGAAACAAAGGACUGGUCACUGCUACAGUGUGAAGUUCAUGGCAAUCCAGAACCUGAAGUAGAGUGGCAGGACAGUGCUGGAACCAAACUUCCUGCUGAGAAGCCACAGGUCAAACAAAUAGGAAACAUUUUCUACAUCACUCUCAACGUAACCGUAACCAAGAGCGACCGCUACCGCUGUGUAGCAACACAGGAGACAAUCAGCCAUCAGAUUUCUGCUGAGACCUAUGUGCAGAUAAGUGGGCCACCGUUGAUUAAAGUGGAACAAGACAGAGAUGUGGUGUUACCCUGCUCCCUCAGCACCAAGGAGAACAUUGCAUCAGGUGUCUUUGACUGGAAGAAAGUUGCUCAGAAAGAUGCUGGUGAGAAGGAGGUGUUCCUGUAUGACAAAGGCAAACAUUACAACAACGGCCGAGAUGGUCAGAGUGAGCAGUUCAAAGGUCGAGUCUCUCAUUUUCAAGAUGAACUGAAGUACGGCAACGCCUCCAUAAUCAUCAGAAAUACAAAGAUAUCUGACAGUGGAAACUACACCUGUUAUUUUCCCCAUCUUCGGCCACCUCAAACAUUCUACAUUGAGCUAGUUGUUGGUGCGGCGCCAAAACCAUCCGUGGCAACACUUAAGGAAACAAAGGACUGGAGGCUGCUGCAGUGUGAGGUUCAUGGCAAUCCAGAACCUGAAGUAAAAUGGCAAGACAGUGAUGGAAACAAACUACCUGCUGAGGAGCCACAGGUCGAAAAAAUAGGAGGCCUUUUCUACAUCACUCUCAACGUAACCGUAACCAAGAGCGACCGCUACCGCUGUGUAGCAACACAGGAGACAAUCAGUCAUCAGAUUUCUGCUGAGACUGAUGUGCAGAUAAGUGGUACUCUACAGCUCUCUGUCAAGACUGUUAGUCAAACUAACGACAGGGCUCUGCUGCAGUGUGAGGUUCGAGGUGCUUCUGCAGACCUUAGAGUGGAAUGGCAGGACAGUGCUGGAAACCAACUUGCUGCCAAAGAGCCCCAGCUGUCAGAAAGAGGAGGAGGCGACGACGUCACCCUCCAAACUACUGUGACCAAGACCGGUCACUACCACUGUGUAGCCUCACAGAAGAAAAGCAACCAUACCAUUUCUGAGGAUACUUUUGUGCAUAUCAGUGCGUCUCCCAAUGAAUGGAUUGUUGCAUUGAUUGUUUCAUUGAUUGUUGCAUUGAUUGGAUGGAUUGGAACGACUGUUGCUGUAGCAGUUCUUGCUGUUAUUGUUAUUCGUCAAAAUAGGCGUAUAGCCAAGUAUAUAAACACAUCACAAGACCCAGGAAACCAAUCUAGUGAUGUACCUCCGGUCCAAACGCCACUUGUUAAUACCACAGUAACAGUAAGUGAAGACACCAGACCUGGAUCUGAUUCUGGGAACAGCUUGAAGACCUCUGCCUGAUGACCUGAGAGGCCUGAUGAUCAAUGAUCAAUGACACAGAUAAAUCUGAAUGGAGGGAACUUCUGCAAUCUCCGGUGUCUUCGUGGACUCCUCGUCUGACAAUUUCUUCUGUACUGAGGCCACUGUGAGGUCUCACGCAGUCAGCAAGUAAAUGACUUUACUUUCAAUUUC